CACGCCCCCAGCACGCACUCGCAUAGACUCGCCCAGGAGCAGAUGCCACGUGUUUAACAGCAGCCAGGGGACGAUGUCCACCGACACCGAGUCUCUAUCCUACUACUAUGGCUUCAUCACUCGCAAGGAGGCCGAGCGCUUCCUCAAGCGGGGCCGCCGGGACGGCUGCUACCUCCUCAGGGCCAGCCGCAGCCACCUGGGCGGCUUCGUGCUGAGCGUGCGCUACCGGAGGGGCCAGUGCAAGCACUACCCCGUGGUGCGCACGGGAGGAGGCCGCUUUGCCAUCGCGGGCGAGGCGGCCACCACGCUGGAGGAGGACGGCGUGGGCGCCGAGCACGCGAGCCCCUCCGAUUUGUGCUCCUACCACUGCCUCGUGGCCGACCGCCUCUGCUGCGUGCUCACGGACGCCGUGCAGAGGCCGCCCGAGUUCAAGCCCGGCUCCCCGCUCUUCGACGUCGUCAAGGAGAAGACGCUCCGCGCAUACGUGCGCGACAACUUAGGCCUGCAGGGCGAGGCGCUGGAGGAGUACCUGAGAACGCGGGGCCACGAGCUGGAGCCCAUGGUGGUGUCGACGCUGCACGAGCAGAUGGCGUGGUUCCACCGCAGGAUAACGCGCAGGGAGGCCGAGGCCAGGCUGAUGCGGGGCGGCCACGCCAGCAACGGCACCUUCCUGGUGCGCGAGCGCGACGCGGGGACGUACGCGGUGAGCUUGGUUCACAAGGGCCGCGUCAUCCACUACGAGGUGACGCGCGAUGCGGGCGGCCGCCUCCUCCUCGGCAAGUCCCAGUACGACACGCUGUGCCAGCUGGUGGAGUUCUACAGCAAGAAUUGUGGCGGCAUCGCACGGACCCUGCGCAAGGCGUGUGCCGCGCCAGACUUGGGUCCAAGGCUGCCUGACAAUCACCGCCACUCAGCGCCUCCAUCCCCACAGCCGCGCCGAUGGAUGACGCAUCUGCGCUACUCGCUUCCGCUGUUCCGGCGAGCACCGGCUCCGGCAAGAGGUGGAGAAUAUGACUUCCAAGACACCUGGCGGAACCUGUACGAGAUCAACCGGCGCGCGCUGCCGCACGAAACGCCGGUGUACAACAGCCUGUACGAGGACCCCGAGGAGGUGCGAGGGCGCGGCAUGUUCCUGCAGCGCGAGCGCCUCACCCUCGACUGCGGCAACCAGCUGGGCUCCGGCAACUUCGGCGCCGUCCUGCGCGGCAUCUACAAGUUCCAGAAGAAGGAGGUGCAGGUGGCCGUGAAGGUCCUCAAGCCCGUGGAGAACCAGGAGAUGCUGAAGAUCGAGCUGAUGAAGGAGGCGGAGCUGAUGCACCAGCUGGACCACCCGUACAUCGUGAGGAUGUUCGGGGUGUGCGAGGGAGAGGCGCUCAUGCUCGUCAUGGAGGUCGCCUACCUGGGCCCCCUCAACAAGUACCUCAAGGAGCACAAAGAGACGAUGUCAUCGACUCACCUGGCGGAGCUGAUGCACCAGGUGUCAGACGGCAUGAAGUACCUGGAGGAGCGCAGCUUCGUGCACCGCGACCUGGCGGCGCGUAACGUGCUGCUGGUGAGCGAGCGCUACGCCAAGAUCAGCGACUUCGGCCUCUCCAAGGCCCUGGCGGCCGGAGAGAGCUACUACAAGGCAAAGGUGUCGGGCAAGUGGCCGCUCAAGUGGUAUGCGCCCGAGUGCAUCCAGCACUUCGAGUUCUCCAGCAAGGGCGACGUGUGGAGCUUCGGGGUCACCAUGUGGGAGACCUUCACCUACGGGGACCGGCCCUACAAGGGCUUCAAGGCAGCCGAUCUGGUGGUCUUCCUGAAGGCCGAGAAGAGGCUGGACAAGCCCCCGGGAUGCCCUGAUGCCAUUUACGAGCUCAUGCUCAAGACGUGGAACAUCGACACCAACCUGAGGCCGUCGUUCUCGGAUAUUGAGGACGCGCUGGGCAGGUACCUCGCCGGGAAGUGAACCCACGGGGUCAUGGAGGAGACUCGUGGAGGAGUCUCACGGAGGACCACGAGUCCCGGAGAGACCCCGUGCGAGAUCCCCACCGACGCAACUCCGCACCCCGCACCCCGCACCUUCUCUCUCUCCUCCUCCUCCCGUAUGCGACGAGCCGGGGCCGGCGCGGCUCGGGACGCUCCGGGACGCGUUUCCACUGCGUAAACCGAGCCGUGCCGUUUGCGUCGCACGCGACGACAGGCGAGUCGGGACGUGCGUCGGCAGCGCAGCCAAUGACGUCGCACGUGGCCAACGCAUCGCGAGCCGUCCCCGUGGCCCCGCUCGGCCCCCCGAGCCGGCGUAGCACGGUUUGGUUUCCGGCUCUACAAAUAGGCAAUGGGAAACCACCCGUGCCGCGAGUGCUCCCGGGCUGGCUCGGCUCGGAUGUACCGGUUUUAAAAGAGUGAGUCGCGGUCCGGUCGGCCAAAAUCGAGGCUCGCUCGGCCGUCCGAAGAGUUGGGUCACGACGGCUUUGAGCCUGUCGCGCUCUGGGCUCUGCGCGGCAGCUUGUGACGUGGCCCUGGAGAGUCCGUCACGUGCCAAACUGAACGUUCGUGAAUGUCAGGGCUGGAAAGUCAUCGCAGUCAGGACACAACUCGAAUGAGACGGAAUCGUGUUGUUCACGUAGUCAUUGGUGACCGGCUGAUAUAACCAACUCACUGCACUUGAGAACCCGGUUUAAUCGCAGGUUGUUAAUUGGAUGGCAUCAUCAGCUAUGGUCUCUCCACUGCUGGAUAAAUGCUUGUCUACAACAUACAGCCUCCUCCACACACCACCCCGACAUGCGCACAUACACACACACGCAAAAAUAACCCCCCCCCCCCCCCGUAGAGCCUUCAGAGGCUGUUGGGGCAAGUGCUGUUAGCGAGCACUUAUGAAGGCCGGCACGGCACACGAGGGGGUGGGUGGCAGCACCACGCCCGACCACCUUUGUCUUCCCAGUGGCGAUGUUUACACACCGCACCAGGUACUCGUUUGAGACUGAGCCGACCUAGGGGAGGCCCAGAACCGGUUCAGGUAAUCGUCACUGGCGUUGGCCGUGAGCGGGAAUCGAACUCGGGUGACCGGGUUCGUAGUGCAGCGCGCACACCGCUCCACUACCGCUCCCCACAGACACACUCCAGACACACACUCACACACUCCCCUGACCCUCCACUCUUGUCCCUCUUUACUCGAACACAU